CAUAACGUGUGGAACACAAAAUUAGAGAAAUAUAACUUAUUUAAUGCUGUGAUAUUAUAUUAUAAUAAUAUUAUAGUAAGUUUUCGUCUAUUAAAAAGUGAAAAAUGCAUUGGAUUGGUGUAUGUUGUUUUUGGUCAUUAUUUUUUUUCGUCUUGUCCGAUACUAAUAAUUCAACAAACAACCGGACGUUCAUUGUGGAUUAUGAAAAAAACGAAUUCCUAAAAGACGGAGAAGUGUUCCGGUACGUUUCCGGUGAUUUGCACUAUUUUCGAAUUCCUAAAUCUUAUUGGAAAGACAGAAUUCAAAAAAUAAAAGCCGCUGGAUUAAACGCUAUAACAACUUACGUAGAAUGGAGCUUACACGAACCAUUCCCUGGCACAUACAAUUUCGAAGGGAUGGCCGACUUGGAGUAUUUCAUAAAAUUGAUCCAAGACGAAGGCAUGUACCUACUCUUGAGACCGGGUCCAUACAUAUGUGCUGAACGUGAUUUCGGUGGAUUUCCAUAUUGGUUAUUAAACGUUACGCCGAAGGGGAGCUUGAGGACAAAUGAUUCGAGUUAUAAAAAGUAUGUUUCACAAUGGUUUAGUGUGCUUAUGCAGAAAAUGAAACCUCAUUUGUACGGAAACGGUGGAAAUAUCAUUAUGGUUCAGGUAGAAAAUGAGUAUGGGAGUUACUACGCCUGUGAUUCAGACUACAAACUGUGGUUACGUGAUUUAUUAAAAGGCUACGUAGAAGACAAAGCUUUACUCUAUACAAUUGAUAUUUGUAGGCAGAGAGAUUUUGAAUGUGGCCCCAUUCCGGAAGUGUACGCUACUGUUGAUUUCGGUAUUUCAGUAAAUGCUGCCAAAUGUUUUGACUUAAUGAAAACCUUUCAAAAAGGUGGACCACCUGUCAACUCUGAGUUUUAUCCAGGUUGGUUGGCUCAUUGGCAGGAACCACAUCCUAAAGUGAAAUCGGCUGAUGUUGUGAAACAAAUGAAAUCAAUGCUGUCAUUGAACGCCUCGUUUAGUUUUUAUAUGUUUCACGGAGGUACUAAUUUUGGAUUUACGUCUGGUGCCAAUACAAACGAAAACGAUGCGAAUAUUGGAUAUUUACCCCAGCUAACAUCAUACGAUUAUGAUGCUCCGAUAACCGAAGCUGGUGACCUGACCGAAAAAUAUUUCAGGAUAAAAGAGACGCUCGAGAAUGUCAAAUAUUCCAGUCCGUUACCCGAGAAUAUCAGCAUUACAUCGCUAAUUCCAAUGCUUAAAGCAGCCUAUGGCACAUUCUACUUACGGCCAUUGGUUAGUAUAUUUGAAAAAGUUACCCAUCGGAUAAAUCCUGUGUUAAGCGUUAACCCGUUAACGUUUGAAGGUAUGGAUAUCAACACUGGCUUCGUUAUGUACGAAACAAUAUUAUUAAAUAAGUUCCAAAACCCAGUGACUCUAACCGUGAACUCUGUAAGAGAUCGAGCAAUCAUAUACCUGGAUCAAGUACAAGUUGGUACUAUGAAUCGAUUAAAAGGAAACACGACUAUACUUUUAGACAUAAAACAAAAUUCUGCUCAAACACUGAGUAUUUUGGUUGAGAACCAAGGAAGGAUCAACUACGGAGAUUUCAUCGAAGACAGAAAGGGAAUCUUGGGCAAUGUACUUCUUGACAACGAAAAAGUGGGUCCGUGGAAAAUGAUUGCGCACCCUCUAAACGAAACGUCUUGGCUUUCUUCGAUCAAACCAGUGGACAAUGUCCAAGCACCGGCAUUUUAUAGAACACAGUUUACUUUGCCAGAGAACUAUACGAGUACCUUAGAUACUUAUCUGGAUACUUCAGGUUGGACUAAGGGAGUAGCGUUUUUAAAUGAUAUUAAUUUGGGUCGAUAUUGGCCACUCGCAGGACCUCAGAUUACACUCUACGUACCUGCUAGUUUCUUAAAGCCACCGCCCGCUGUCAAUACAUUUGUCAUGUUUGAACUUGAACGUGCGCCGCAAGACCUGUCAAUAAAGUUUGUAGACAAGCCGACUAUCAAUGGUCCUAUAAACACAUUAGGCCCUUCAUCAGUCCUAGUAAUUACUAGUCUAUUAACCUUUUCCAAUUUUUUUAACACUCUGUAUAGGUAAUUAUUACAAUAAAUAGUAAAUACUAAUAAAUUAUGAAACUUAUGAGAUACUAAAUAGGAAAAACACAAAUAUGAUAAUAAUAUGAGAAACAUAAAUAAAUACAACGCUGUUUUCACAAACAAUAUUCUGAUCAUAAUAAUACAAUAUGUACCUAUCUCAUGAUUUUGCUCUAUUAUAUUACUAGAUAAUUAAGUGUGUCCAAAUGGCAUCAACUAUAAAAGUUAGGUUAUCAUGUGUGGCGUGAAGUAAAAUACAUUAAUCUAACCUAUUAGUAAGAACUAUGAAGUACUCAAAUAUAGAAACAGGCGCACCCGCGCACUUACGAUUAAAUUACAUUUAACAAGUAUAACUGUAACUAUAAUGUUUUCAGCAUUUUUUCAAGUUUAUAAAUUGGUUAUCAUGUUAAAAAACACAAGCAUACAUUAAUCAACAAGUGGACAGUGGACCCUUAUGAUAGAAGAACAUAAUGUUAUCCAUACUUUUUUCAUCAUUAGUAACUAUUAGUAAAUGAACCACUCGCACAAGUGCCGAAUACCAAUAUCUAAUAAUAUCAACCCAACAAUUAUCUGUAACUGUUUUUCACUAGAUAAGGUGACUUCAAUUAAAUAUCUGGGUAUUUACAUUGACGAAAACCUAAAAUGGAAUAUUCAUGUCAACCAUAUUAAUAACACGAUUAAAAAUUUGUUGAUAUUUUCAAAUCGCUCAAAUACAUCAUAAAUUAUAAACUUAAAAAAUGAACAUACAUCGCACUUGUGCAAUCAAUUAUUUUUUAUGGUAUUUCGUGUUGGAGAGGUGCAUAUCCAACCCAUCUCUACAACCUUGAAGUAACGAUAAAUUCGCUGGUAAAAUUAAUUUUUAAUAUGCCUCGCUUGUUUCAAACGUCUAAAUUAUGUAGAGAAUUAAAUAUAUUAAAUUUACAAUCUUUGUACCUAAAAAAUAUUUGUUUAUUAAUGUAUAAUUUGAAGGAUGACAUUGCUGUACCAAGUCACAAUUAUUCUACUCGACUUAAAUCUAAGUCAAUUGUCAUUAUUCCUAUAAUUAGGACAGUUUUUGGACAGCAAUGCCCUCAAUUCAAGUUUAUAAAAUUUUGUUAUUAUCAUGAUUUAAAUGUACAUAAUUUCAAAAAAUUAUAUUAAUAGUUUAUUUCAGUAAUUUUCAUUUAAAUACUAUUGUUGUAAUCUUUGAUUUGUUAUGUAUAUAUAUAUUUUUUUUUUUUUGUUUUCUUUAUACAUACCUAGUUAAUAUUUAUAUCUAACCAUUAUUAUCUAUGGAACUCUCUCCUCUAGCACAGCCAUCGGCUUUUGAGGAGAUCCAGAAAUGUAAGCUUAUGCUAAUCAUGACAUUGUAUUAUC